UCAAUUCCCCAAUUUUAAUGUCGACCUCUCCCCCUAAAAAUCCAUCCAAGCCGUUCUUUUUUUUCCCCCGUCUCUUCUUCAUUCUCUGCGACACAACAUAGCACAAUCUAACACCUCGCUGUUAUUGCUUUGCUCUUUUCUUCUUCUACUUACUCACUUUAAUAUACACACCCACGCUCUCUUUUCCAAAAAUUUCCUUUCCAAUCCCUAAUUUCUCAAUACCGCAACCAUGCCUGGUGUUCCUAAGGACGCGUUUGUCAACCUGAAGGCCAAGCUGAAGAAGAUCUUCGGCAAGAAGAAGGAUAAGUCGAAGCCUGCCGAGGGCGCUGCGACUGACGCUCCCGCCGCCGCCGCUCCUGCCGCUGCCGCUGCCGCCGGAGCCGAAGCUCCCAAGGCUGACGAAGCCCCCGCCGCUGCCCCGGCUGCUGCUGCUUCCGAAGCGCCCAAGGCCGAUCAGCCGGCCGCUGCCCCUGCUGACCCCGCGCCUGCCGCGGAGGCACCCAAGGCUGAGACUCCCGCUGCUCCCGCCGCCGAGGCGAAGCCCGCCGAGGAGGCCAAACCCGCCGCUACCUCUUAGACCGAUCCGGAUGCUCCUUUUUAGCCCGAUUCUCGAGAUGGCUCAGGUCGGACGGCAAUGGGCUGGAUAUGAUAGCAUGGUAUUGGUUGGACAAGCCAGUCGA